AUGAAUGGCGGGGAGGCGGAGCAGGAGAAGGGCGGCGGCGGUUCUUGCGACACUAAGGUGGGGGCAGAGGCGGUGAGCCUUGAGGAGCUGCGGAGGAGGAUGGCGGACUUCGCCAGGGAGAGGGACUGGGAGCAGUUCCACUCCCCCAGGAAUCUCCUCCUUGCCCUGGUAGGGGAGGUGGGGGAGCUGUCUGAGAUAUUCCAGUGGAAAGGAGAGGUGCCCAAGGGGCUUCCUGGCUGGGAUGAGGCAGAGAAGGAGCAUCUGGGAGAGGAGCUCGCUGAUGUGCUCCUAUACCUUGUCCGGCUAUCAGACAUGUGCGGCGUCGACCUUGGCAAGGCUGCGCUGCGCAAGAUGGAGAUCAACGCACGCAAGUACCCGGUUGACCAGUGCAAGGGUUCAUCCAAGAAACACACCUACUACAGCUCCGAUAGCAAUGCCCCUGCUAAUGAAAAUGUCACCACUCUCACCGGUAAUAACGAGCAUAACAACGGAGUCUAAGUCUCUAAAUGGUAGCUUGACUGGUUCUUGUGUGUUCUCUGAUCUAGGUUAUGUAACCAGUCUUAGUUUUCCUUCUAUAUUAUUAGACGCCUGGAUAAUUAAACAACUGUUGACUGGAGCCUCUGUAGGCUAAGUAGUAAAUGAAAUGGUAUUUACCUUCUGUUUAACCUGUUCCAGUAUCCAGGAGGACCAUAAUGCAACACCGUGGAUCAUAUACUUGCAGCACUGUGA